UUUCCUGUCGGGAGGGUUUCAGUGGGGCACACGGUGUUGCUAGGGGAUGAUGGUUGUGAGUGUUGGGUUAGUGGAGAUCUGCUGGUUAGUGCUGGCUCUGGGGUUCCUCACAGCGCUCUGCCUCCACAGACUCACCCUCACACUCCCGGGACACGCAGAGCGAGUCCUGCAGGAUCUGAUUCGAUACGGGAAAACCAAGCAGCGGCUGAAGCGCCCCGGAGUCCUGCGGCUCUUCGACCUGCCCAAAAGAUGGUUCUCACACUUCUAUGCAGUGUCAGUCCUAUGGAAUGGACUUCUCAUCAUCCUCUCUGUCCGUAAUGUGAUGUUUGGUGAGGCACUUCCUGACUUCUUGACAGACGCACUCUGUCUCUUGACCGGACGUCCAAAGUCUGUGUGGAACGAACUUCAGGUGAAUAUUCUAGUAUUGCUUCUUCUUCUGUGGGUUCAUUCUCUCAGACGCCUGCUGGAGUGCCUGUUUGUCAGUGUUUUCUCUGAUGGUGUGAUCCAUGUAGUCCAGUAUGCCUUUGGCUUGAGUUAUUACAUUCUAUUGGGGUUGACCGUCCUGUGUGUGGAGUUCCCGCAGCCUACAAAUGGUUCCUCUACUAGUUCAUUUUCGUCCCUGCUCACAUGGUACAAUGCAGCCGGAGUCCAGCUGUUUAUCUGGGCAUCUCUGCUACAGCAUCGCUCACUGACACUGUUGGCCAGUCUGCGCACCAGCAGCUCAGGUAAGGUGGAGACGUUGGCUCACAGGAUCCCACGUGGGGGCUGGUUUGAGCUAGUGUCCUGUCCACAUUAUUUAGCUGAGCUGCUGAUCUACGCUUCCCUGGGCGUGUUCUGCGGCUGUUUCUCUCUCACUUGGUGGCUAGUGGUGUUUUAUGUUCUCUGCAAUCAAGCUCUGGCUGCCAAGCUAUGCCAUGAGUACUACCAAAGCACAUUUAAGGGAUAUCCACACCAGCGCAAGGCCUUCCUUCCUUUUUUGUUCUGAUAUGCUGUAUGAUAAUGUUAAUAUUCAACAAACAAUGUAUAGGGAUUUUAUUAAAUUACGUUAAACAUUGUUUAACAAAACUAUGAUUUUAUAUAAGGUCCAUUUUGCUGUUAUUUUAUAAAGAAAAUUAAACAAAGCUGUUGAAUCCAA